CUGGUUCGGACGACGACCAGCACAUUUCCUACGUCCAGCACGCCUUCCCUUUUCCCCCUUCGUCCUCCUCGUCACCGCCAUGUUUGCUGCUUCUGCACGCUCUGCAGCUCUCUCCGCUGGUCUCGGACGCCGCGCGGCGAGCACCAUCGCGCAAAAGUACUCAAGCGCCGUCUUCUCCGCCGCGCUCAACAAGUCGCCCCAGGUGCUGAGCAAGGUCCAGACGGAGCUCAACGCGAUCCAGUCCGCCGUCAAGUCCAACGCCGAGCUCUCAUCGUUCAUCCACAAUCCCACCCUCUCCACCAAGGACCGCUCGGCCGGCCUCCCCGCGCUCUACGCCGCUGCUGGCAAGGAGGGCGUGUCGGACAUCACGAAAAACCUGUUCAUCGUCCUCUCUGAGAACGGCCGGCUCGUGGAGACCGAGGGCGUGAUUGAGGGCUUCAACGAGCUCGUCGCAAACUACAGGGGCGAGCUGAACGUUACCAUCACGAGCGCGGCGCCCCUCCCGAAGGACAUCCAGACGCGGUUGGAGACCCUGCUGAAGCAGUCGCAGGCUGCGCAGCAGGCCAAGUCGCUGAAGAUCACCAACAAGAUUAAUCCCGCUGUGCUCGGUGGUGUGGUUGUCGACUUCGGUGAGAAGACUAUCGACCUCAGCGUCGCGUCGCGUGUCAACAAGCUCAACAACCUCCUCUCGCCCUCCAUCCUCAGACGAUAUCCAUUCAGCACUGGCUUGUUUCGUGAAAUACUGCAGAAUUCCGAUGAUGCGCGUGCGACGAAGCAGGUGUUUGUGUUGGACCGACGGCAGUUUGGCACGAAGACUCUGAUCAAAGACGGUCUGAGUCACUUGCAAGGCCCUGCCUUUCUUGCAUACAAUGAUGCCGUCUUCUCCGACGCCGAUUGGGAGGCCAUUCGGACUGUCAGCGAGUCGUCCAAAACCGGGGACACUGAGAAAAUCGGAAAGCAUGGAUUAGGUUCUCGCGCUUACUAUCACCUCACCGAUAAUCCGCAAUAUCUCUCCGGCGGCUACCACGUUGUCUUCGAUCCCCAUAGAUGGGCCUUCGGUCAGGGGGGUUGGAAGCAGUCGCUGGAGGAGAUCGCGCGGGACUACCCCGAUCAGCUUGAGCCUUUCAGUUCCCUACUCCCUCAUGGAGAUCGCACGAGUCUCCCAGGAACAAUUGUUCGUCUUGCCCUGCGCCCUGCGACGGCAGCGAGUCGGAUAUCGAGCAAGAAGGUGACCGCGGACGAGAUUCACGAUCUCCUCCUGGACUUCGUUCGGAAGGAGUUAGACGUCGCGUUGCUCUUCCUCUCCCACCUCACCUGUAUUGAAGUGAGGGAAAUUGGCGUCGACGGUGCAGCCAAAACGCUAGCGUCAGUUACUGCAAGCUUGCGACCCCCGGUCCCCAGACUCUACAGCCGUACAAUCAGUACUACUAUCGAAGCCUCCGCCUCCACCACUCGGGAAUGGUCUAUCAUCCACGCGUCCUUCGAGAUGGAAGAAGGCGUCGAAUUGCUGUGCAAGUCGCUGGAGGCUAGCAAAGAGUGGGUCGAAGGAGAGGUCGUGCGCGAGAAGCUUCGUCCCAACGUAGCGCUGGCCUUCCCUACCAAUGCAUCGCAGGGGUUCCGUGGCCGGCUUUUCACAUAUCUCCCUCUCCCCCUUGUCACCGGCUUCCCGUGCCAUAUCCAUGGCGUCUUUUCCCUCACCGACUCACGCCAGAACUUGCGCAACCCCUCGGAGACCAUCAUGCGCGAAACCGCAGACGCGCUCGCAGUGGCAUGGAACAAGUUGCUGUUCAACACGCUGAUCCCUCGCACAUGGCUGGAGUUCCUCGAAGGCAUCGCAGCCGGACUCUCGCCUACGUCCCUGUACGACUCACUACCUCCGCUUCAGGACCAAAAUACGAGCGGCGAUGCGAUGUACUGGACGUCGCUCCUUCGCGAUCUCGUCAAGCUCGCUGACGAGCGCGUUGCAAGAAUUUGGCCUGUGUUCGGUCUUGCGGGUCCGCCUCAGGCCAUGCGUUAUGCCUCUCUUCAAGAUGUACUCGUUGCGGGGUCGGGAGAUGAUCAGACGCAGCUGCAUGCGCUCGCUAGGGCUGGUGUGGACAUCGUCGUACCUCCAUCGGAGCUCCGCCGCGUCCUGCUGGACAUCCGUUCCGCGCAGGAGCUCACGCCGACCAGUGCGCGGCCGAGGCUAGUGGCUUCCGAGAGCCUUCGCAGCCUCUCCCCGCACGAGAAAAAUCGCGUCGUCGAGUUCCUUCUCAGGUCGCAUGAUCUGCGGGAGCUAAUUGACGUUCCUGUCUUCACUCUGAUCUCUGGUGUGACUGCUGCUUUGCAGGCCUAUCGCAGGGAUCAGCAGGUCGUGCAUGUGCUUUUGGACGAAGCGGCCACGGAAGUGUUCGGCCAGUUCGGUACGAAUGCUAUCAGCCUCCGCGACGUGCCUCCGGUGGCGUGUACGCUUCUUGUGGGCAGUGGUCGUGGAGCGCUCAACGUCUGUCCUCUUGACCGCGAUACAGUUAUUGCCUACAUUCAGUCUGCGCGCAGCGACUUUGCUUCUUCUAAGACUUCCACGAAUAGCGCAUGGUCUUGGGGUGAGACGGUUGGAUGGCUUGAGAAGUUUUGGACUUGGAUCCAGACCAGCUCCUUGGCUGAUGGCCUCCAAUCUGACCUCAGGCAACUUCCUCUGCUCCCCACGAUCGCUGGCGAGACGCGAUCGGUCGAGGAUCAAGUCUUCUCGCAUUCCUGCGAGGUGGCCGACCUCGUUCGAAAUGCCUUGUCAAACCUUGGAGUCCACGUACUGGAUGCUCGCAUUCCCUCCGCGUACCUGGAACGGCAGAAGUGGAUCAAGUCGUUGUCCAAGGCCUCGGAGCUGCUAGACGUUUUCUUCACCGUUUCGCUGGUGAUAGAGGACGAUCACGUGGCGAAGAUCCUCCGAGCCCACCUUGCAAGCUGCCUGAGGGAUGACGUCAGCCUCACUGGUACUCAGCAAAUGACAUUGCGCGAGCUUCCUAUUCACCUCGUGCUCACCGACAAUGUAUCCGAGAGUAUGCAACCCCUACCUCCGAACAACAGCCUCCACUGUGUCGACAAGCGUCACGACAUCGCCCUACCCUUGCCCCUCAUUCCGGACGCGACCUUCAUCCAUUGUACCACAGACCAGCGGCCACUCAUCGAGCACCUUGACUACUCUGCCGUUACGCGUCCCCUGACCAUGGACCGUCUCUUGCAGCUGCACGCAGAUCAUUUCUCUAUGCAAACCCCCCACGUGCGCAUCAAGGUCUUGAGGUAUCUCGUCGAACGUAGGUCCGUCCCGAAGCCUUCGAUCGCGGAGAAGCUCUGGAGCUCGCCGAUUGUACUGGUCGGCCAAGGGAACCGCUUCCUUCCUCCCAAGGAUGUUGUAGACCCACAAUCUGAGAUUGCAGAUAUCGUCCCACCCUGGGACCCCGACGCUAUCUGUCGCGAUGAUUCCGCCAACUCGGAGACAACCUCGUUACUUGCUGCCUUGAACCUUCUUCGCCGCAAGCUUGAUGUAGACUUUGUGGUCGCUCGGAUCAGCUCCAUCGCCCACUUUGAUCCUAGUAGCGAAAAGGGAUCCGAUCUCGCCAAGAGGUUGUUGUCUGUCAUGGACCGAACAUGGUUCAACUGGUCCGACGUCUCCUACGAUCGUGAACUUGCGUGGCUUCCUACCACGUCGGGCUUGCGGAGGCCAAGCGACUGUCGCGACCAAUCUCACGGCAUGCUCUGUGACCGCGUUCUACCCAUCCUUGAUAUGCAGCAGCUGCAAUCGGUUGUUCUGCGCCGUAUGCUUGGCUGGGACGCUCCUGUCCCGUUGGAAACUCUCAUGGAGCAGUUCCGGAUGAUACUCGCCGAACCCGAGCACCCGUCCCAUCCGCAGUAUCUCAUCGCGCUGACGUCGGAAUUCGGCCGGCGAUUUGGAGACAUGACCUCUGCUCAGCUAGAUGACGUCGCCGCCAUGGCUCGUCAAGCCAGAUGGGUGAUGACUUCGGGAGGGGUGCUCAAGCAACCAGCCUUCGCUGUUUUCAAGCUCUCCGUGGCAUUGUACGGGUUCGGCCAGAUCCCGAUUGACAUUGCGGAACGUCAUGGCGUCGAGAAAUUCCUUACCCGCAUGGGCUGCACGCAAAGACCCCAUAACGAUGCAAUCAUCGACCAGCUGAGACAGCUGCACCAGGCGCAGGCACAGGCGCAGGCCUCGGGGCUAUCGGACGGAACGGCGCUAGAAUGCGUCCUGUUGUUGCAAGCUCUCGACCAUGGUUCACUCACUUCUCUACAACAAGAACGAAUCCUGGCUCCUGAUGUCCAUUCUCGCCUUCGUACGGUACAGGGCUUGUACUACAAUGAUCUCGGCUCCCGCGCCAUUCGCUACGACAUCCCGAACGAUCGUAUCCAAGCUCACAACAACAUGCCCCACGCCCUCUGCAUUGCAUUGCAAAUUCCAUCCCUAGGUUCAUUGCAUCUGCAGCCACUUGAUCUCGGCUUUGAGGACAUGCGGGAGGACCUUACUACGCGCAUUGGGAACGUCUUGCGGGCCUACAACAUCCAGCAGGCGUUCAACGAGUUUCUCGCAAAUGCUUCUGAUGCAGGAGCCAGGAAGUUCAACAUCAUGCUUGACUGUAAGGAAGAUCGCCGAGCUGAUCCCUCCGAGGUGCUAUGCGAGAAUAUGGCCCAAUUUUGCAGAGGUCCGGCACUCGUCGUGCACAAUGACGCUGAGUUCACGAUGGACGACAUUCGUGGCAUUUGCCGUGUCGGGCGAGGCGGAAAAGAGGGCAAGGAAGAUACAGUGGGACGGUUCGGGCUCGGAUCGCUCUCUUUCUAUCAUUUCUCGGAGGUCGCCAUGAUCCUCUCGGGCUCGAACAUAUUGUUGCUAGAUCCAAGCGGCCGUUUUCUCCCUGAAGACUGGAGGUGGAAUUCGUACGCAGUAUCGCUGGAGAAAAUCAAAGGUCUCUAUCCUGGGCACGUUCGGCUCUUUCAUGACCUCUUCGGCUAUCAAGGAGAGGACCACUACCAAGGGACUAUCAUCCGGUUGCCUUUGCGAACGGAUGCACAAGCUGUUCAAAGCGCCCUCUCAAGACGCUCGCUUUCCACCUGUGACGUGUCGGAUAUGUUGGAGAGGUAUCAGGCAGUUGCAAGUCGUUCUCUCUUCUUCAUCGGGAUUGAGGAGAUCACCGCGUCGGUGAACCAAUAUGGCAGAAGAGCACCAACCGAGAUUUGGUCCGUCACCGCGAAACGUAUAGAAGACAUCGUCUCCAGUGGGAGUGCCAACCCCCGUCUUCUCAUUGAUCUCAGCCACUCUUCCCAACCCCUUGGGUGCAAGACGUCUAGUUGGCUCAUUGCGACCACCGUGAUUGCUCCGGAAUCUUUCCCUGAUUGGGUCCAAUCCGUUGUCGACAGACACCGCCUCAAGCAGGUCAGCAUUGCUUUAGCCGCCAAGAUCUCCGCGGUCGAGAGAAAUUACCUAGAGCAACCGUCCUCCGAGUUCCAUUUCUGCUCCUCCUUACCGUUGCCUAUUAGUACGUGCCUUCCCAUGCAUGUCCAUGCGUCGUUUGUGCUCGCAGACGAUAGGCGGAACAUUCGGUGGGAUGGGGAUGGGAUGCUCUACCCAGAGGCCAAAUACAACCACUGGCUCCUGUCGUGCAUGCUCCCUCCUCUCUAUCUUCAAAUGUUCGCUCUUUUCAACGAACGUUUUGGCGACAAAGCACCUCUGCCUUGGCCAGGAAACCUCGAACGAUUCACUGAUCCAUUCUCCAAGACCCUCGUCGAUGCCUUCUUCAGCGACAAUCUCCUUCGUGCAACUCCGCAACGCAUCUUUCGUAGCGUCACUGGCCGACUGAUUGAUCCUUCGACAGCGGUCGUGCGCGGCGGGGAGCCGCAGGCUGUGAAGGACGUCCUCGAUGAACUUUGUCCAGAAGACCUUGUCAAAUUACCUCCCUACAUUCGUUCCAGGGUCCUGAACCUUCCGUUCAUCCGAAAGACAUCUCCUCAGUACCUCUGCGAUCUCAUCGCUACUCGCACGCUGCACUUCCUGGACGCUUACAGGAGACAUGCCUUGACAGUGGCUCAUGUCGAAGCCGUCAUUCGAUAUCUUCUAGCGGAGUCGCCUAUGCCUACCUCCAGCCUUGUUGGCUUGCCGCUGCUUCCUCUCGCUGAUGGUAGCUUAUCGAGCAUCAGGGCGGAAGGAGCUCAUGAGGACCGGGUCUACACAUUACCCAGGGGUGAACGACCAUGGCCUCUCUUUCCUGCUACUCGCUUCCUUGACCCUGAGCUUGACAAGGACCUUAUCCUGAAGAAAAGUUGGAAUGUGGCUUUGUGGGACAAAUCUGCUGUCGCCGCUCUUCUACGGUCAACGAUCCCUGAAGCCCCACGCCUCGAAGCUUCCGAGAGCGAGUGGUACUGGAUCGUAGCUUUCUGGAGAUUCUUCCAGUCUGUUUCGAAAAAGUUGCUCACUGCACUCAAGUCUUUCCCUCUCAUCCCAACAGAGGAUGACCGAAUCCUUGUAUCCCUGAACUCGGCCAUUGCAUUUCCGGCGAUACUCCCUCCAGCUGCUUUGGAUGACGACGCUACAUUGGUUCUAGCCUCUCUCCGGAAGCUGGGCGUCGUCGUCGUCAAAACGGUAUUUGCCCAAGCAACGUCGCAGUUGCCUCGGCGUGUUCGCGACGAGAUGGAGUCAGCCGUCAGGUUCAGCUUUCAACGGAUGAUACAGAUCCUCCACCAUUUGAAUGAAGACGGGCGCCUCCAGAACAAGUUCGGGAGGUUAUCUGACGAUGAGCAGACCCGAGUGGCCUUCUGGUUACGCGGUGGCCUUCGAGACAUUCCUUCUGUCCGCGCCAAUUCACCGAAGCCACAAUUCCUCGACGUUGUCCGACACCUUCCGAUCUGGCCUACCUCCCGCGGUGGUAGACCGUCUGGACUCCGCCCUCUUUCAGCUACAAGUCUUCGUGUCCUGCCGUCGAGCGUGAAGCCUGUUGAUGACAUCACCCGAUUUCUCCUCACGGAUACCAGCUUUGUCGAAUGCUCCCAUGAUAUCGUCCGCCUUCAGCUCGCCCAACCUAUGUCGUCAGGAGAGCUUUUGCAGCAAUUGAAAUUCCCCUCCUUCUUCCGCAAUUCUGACACUCUCGGUCCGUACAAAACGCUGCUCAACAUACUCGUGCAGCUAGGUGACAAGGAGGUGUCGGGUCGCUUGCAGGUUCCCAACGAGAACCUCGAGAUGUUGAACAUUCAUGCGAUGUACAAAAGCGAUGUCUCCGAAUUUACCGCUGCCUUCACGUACAGGGCCAACGAAGUCUUCAUACACAGCGACUUGCGUUCAUAUGAGGCACAGCUGACGUCGCUGGGUCUUCGCCACGCUCUAUCAUUCGAGAACUUCAAGGCAUGCGUCCUAGCUAUUGACAAGGACUUCAAGAGGGAGGACCUACGUGACCAGCAGAAGGCCCAAUCUGUUUACGGGUGGUACUCAACCCGGCUCCCCCUAUCGGUUGCCAACGACAACGACUGGCGCGGGCUGGACUCGUAUGCCUUCAUUCCGAGGCACCACUCUCGACGCCUUGGAAGUCCCACUGCGUCUGAAGUCGCUCAGUUCGCUGUCUCCCUCCCGCUCAUCGUGUCGCCGAAGAAGAUCUUGCGCCAUCAAUACUCCCCGAUUGCUUGGACACAGCGUGCUCUGUUCCCUGAGACGCCCAACAAGAAAUUGUUCCUGGCGGACGAGGCUGUAGGCGUACCGACCGUCGAAGAAGUGGUUGAACACCUUCACGUUCUCGCCACUAAGAUUGCCCCUCGAUAUCCCGGCGACUCAGGUCUCUUAGACGAUCUCAAGGCGACGUACGGGUACCUCAAUGAACACCACGAGGAUUCGCAGAGGUUCAUGGUGCGAUGCAGGAAGGAGGCGUUGUUCCUCAACGUCGACAAUCCGGAGAGCGAUUCAUGGACGUUUUUGCCUGCAUGUCAAAUCAUGCUCAAUGUUUCGGACGAGGACGGAUUUUGGGAAGUACGCGAUUUCCUUCGACCCUUCCGGGACCUUCUAGUGGUGAGCGGUGCUUUCGAGAUCAAGAUUCCGAAGGCUGCUCCGCCUCCUACGACUUCAGCCGAAGGGUUGUUGAUCCGGCUUCGCGCCUCUCUCGACGAGCAGCGCCGCAACAAGCUGCUGACGGACGUCAUUUUCCGAAUCACGGGCGAAGGAGAAGCCGGCCACGAGGGAGAUCUUUGGGCUCAUCGAGCGCUAUUAGUAUCAGCGAGCGAUUAUUUCAAUCGGCUGUUCUGCGGACAAUCAGGGUUUUCCGAGAGUCGUGCCGCGUCUGUUGAGGAUCCCGUGGUCAUGUCGAUGGAAGACGAACUGGAGUUGCACUGUACAGGGCUUGUGCUUGAUUACAUCUAUACCGGGCAGUUCGAGGAAACGCAGGAUCGCGAGUGUUUACUCGAAAUGAUGACAUUGUCUCAUCGCUGGGAGCUCAAAGACGUCCAAGCACAUGCCGAAGCGCUGCUCGUCCCAACCAUCACCCCCGGGACCUAUCAUGAAUUACGACAACGUGCUGAGGCGAUUGAAGCUAAGUAUCUACUGGAGAAGAUCGAUGAGUUUGAGCGCGACAAUGCCUACGUUCUUGGAGAUAUGGCGUGA